AUGGUCGCUGAGAAGCCCUCCAUCGCCGAGACCGUGUCGCAUGCGCUGUGUAGAGGAGGGAAGCCGAACAGGAGGCAGGGCAUUUCCCCGGCCUGCGCCGUGUGGGAGUACGAGGGUGACUUCUACGGUCAGAAGGCUUGGUUUAAAGUUACUAGUUGCGCCGGCCAUGUGUACAACAUAGACUUCCCCGCAGAGUUCAACAUCUGGGAUAGGGUCGACCCUCUCACUCUCUUUGGUGCGCGGACGAUCAAGCAAGAGGCCAAUCCAAAGUUGCGGAUGCCGGCGCACUUCCAGAAAGAGGCCAAGGGGUGCCAUUACCUCGUCCUGUGGCUGGAUUGCGACCGCGAGGGCGAGAACAUCUGCUUUGAAGUGAUGGAAAACGUAGUUCCGAAUCUGUCGUCCAUCGGUGGAGGGCAGCAGGUGUGGAGAGCGAAGUUCUCAUCGCUUGCUCCGGUGGAUCUCAAGAAGGCGAUGGAUACUCUCGGUUCGCCCGACGAGAAUCAGGCCCGCUCUGUGGACGCGCGCCAAGAGAUAGACUUGAAGCUGGGGUGCUCGUUCACGCGGUUCCAGACGAAGUAUUUUCAGGGAAAGUACGGAGAUUUGGACACCAACCUGAUCUCUUACGGGCCCUGCCAGACACCGACUCUGUGGUUUUGCGUCAAGAGGCACGACGAGAUCACCGGCUUCCAGCCGGAGAGUUUCUACACCGUGGACGUGGAGAUCACCAAAGGAGGACGGGACCUUUAUUUGGAGUGGCAGCGUGGUCAGGUCUUCGACCUCCCCAUUGCCACCACUUUUCGAGACCUGGUGCUCGAGAACGGAGCUCCCGCCAAGGUCACCGACAUCACCCAGAAGGAGGACAGGCAGCCCAGGCCACAGGCCCUGAACACCGUGGCCAUGCUGAAGAUGGCCAGCACCCGCCUGGGCAUGGGCCCGCAGGAAGCCAUGCGGAAGGCCGAGAGCCUCUAUCUGGGGGGCUGGUUGACGUACCCGCGCACGGAGACGAACACGUACCCCCAGAACUUCGACCUCCGCGCGGCGGUGGCCGCGCAGACCUCGUCGCCGAUCUGGGGGAACUACGCCUCGGAGCUGCUGCGCAACGGGCUCAACAAGGGCCGCGACGGUACCGACAUGGGAGACCACCCUCCGAUCACGCCCGUGAGGUCCGCCACCGAGUCUCAGAUCGGGGACGGCUGGCGUUUGUUCGACAUGGUCACCCGCCACUUCCUCGCGACGGUCAGCGGGGACUGCAAGUUUCUGAGGACCAAGGUAUUCUUCGAAGUCAACGGCGAGCAUUUCAGCAUCGCGGGCCGCAAGGUCACAGACCCUGGCUUCACGAGGAUUCAGCUCUCCGGGGAGAUGGACGAUGUGAACAUCCCCGACUUCAAGAUCGGAGAGUCCGUGGCGCUCAAGAGCUGCAAGGUCGGCAACCACAAGACGCGCGCACCUCCGUACCUUUCCGAAUCGGAUCUGCUCAGCCUAAUGGAGAAGCACGGCAUCGGUACAGAUGCGUCCAUGGCCACGCAUAUCGAAAACAUCCAGACGCGGAACUACGUGUCGCUCGCCGAGGGCCGACGGCUGAUUCCCACAAAGCUUGGCAUCGGGCUCGUUCACGGUCUCCAGCUGGUAGACAACGAGUUGGUCAUCCCACGCGUCCGCGCCAACAUCGAGUCGUCCUGCACGCUGAUCGCGGUCGGCAAGGCGCCGUGCGAGUCGGUGGUGCAGCUCGUGCUGAGAACGUUCAGGGAGAAGUUCAUGUACUUCGUGAAGCACGUGGACCUCAUAGACCAGCUCUUCGAGAGCACCUUCACCAGCCUCGAGGCAGCCGGGCGGCCUCUCUCGCGGUGCGGCGACUGCAACAAAUACAUGAACGUGGUGGACAGGGUGCCCGUGCGCAUGUUCUGCAAGAACUGCGACCGCGUGUACAAGAUGCCACAGCGGCAGGGGCAGAUCAAGCUCUACAAGGAGCUCAAGUGCCCCCUGGACAGCUUCGAGCUCGUCAUGAUAGCCAACAAGGUGGGCAAGAGCUACCCUCUCUGCCCGAAGUGUUACGACGACCCCCCCUUCGGCGCCGCGAACGCGGCCGGCAAGUUCUGGGAGCUGGAGCACCCCGUCUACAUGAAGUACCGGCCACAGGUGUUGUCCUGCAUCGGGGAGGGCUGCGGCGGCACGCUGUGCCUCGACGUGGACUCGGGCCCGAAGUGGCAGGUGGACUGCAACGUCUGCAUGCAGUCGCUCCACAUAUUCGGGGACAAGGCGCACAAGAUCAAGGUGUCGCCCGACUACUGCGAGGAGUGCGGGGCACACUUGCUGGCCGUCACUUUCAACAAGGGCAAGUCGCCGCUGGACGGCGGGGAAACUGAGAAGACCGCCUGCAUCGCCUGCGACCCGCUCUUCAACUCCCUGUGCACCUCCGGGACCAGCAAGGGCUUCCACCCGAAGAAGUUCGGCAAGGGCAAGGGCAAGAAGGGCAAGGGCAAGGGCAAGAAGGGCCCGACGGACGAGGACAAGGCCGAGGAGCGAGGGCGCAAGAUGGCGGCGCAGGGCAAGUGGACCAGGACCACCACGGAACACCUGGCGGCGGUGGAGGAGCUUCGGGCACCGUGCGCCGCCCCGAAGGUGUCGGACCCGCCGAUGCUGUGGGAGGGCUCCAACCCGUCGGGCGGCAGCAGGACGCCGGACAAGAAGGAGGAGCCGCUCUCGGUCCCCGCGGCUGGUGGGCUGAAGUGCAUCGGAACCCCUGCACUGCAGCGGAACGAAGCCGGCAGCCUCGCGUGUCUCGCGGACGUCGAUGAGGAUACCGACCCGCUCCAGGAGCUCGUCGUGGGUGAGUUCGACGGGUCCCAUGCGGAUGAGUUCGAGGAUGGGGGCACUCUGAAGUUCAAGGAGUCGCCCCCGAUGCUCGCCGGCGAGCUUGUGGAUGCAGAGCAGGAGAAGAUCGUGCAGCCGUCCCUGAAGCCUUCUCAUGGGGACCUCGAGGUUGGUUGUUCGGAGCAGCUCGUGAAGCCGAUCCUGCAACCCUGCGGGGAGGAGCUUGCGGAUAAGGACUCCUUCAAGCUCAACCGCAGCGCGUAUGAGAAGCAGGUGCCAGCCCACGCCCAGCGGGAGGCCGCGUGGAGGCUCCGGUCGGACGAGGUGGUGCGGGUCUUACGCGGCGACGCGUGCCGGCAGCGGGAGGAGUGUGGGCAGGAGGCGCCAGGGCCGAAUCCCUGGCAGGACCAUCGAGGUAAUGAGGGCGAGCAGCUGGAGGACAAAGAUGCCGAGAGUGUCGGCCUCAAGGACGUUCAUAAUGGCGAGACCGGUGUGGUGCAGCUGGUGAGGGACACGUUCGGCGAAGCCCUCCAGGUUGUGGAGGCCGCAGGUGUCCAUCGCACCGCCUUCACGCGCUGGCUGCAGGAAAAGCCUGAGUACAUCGCUAUCGCCAUCGGUUUCUCCGCAGUGCAGCCGAGUGCGCCCGUCGGCCGCCUGCUGACAGGCGCCACGGCCGCGGAGGAGCUGGCGGUGACCCCCAUGGAUGGGGCCGUGGUGGAGGUAUCCUUCGGGAUUGACGUCCUCUACCACAAGCCCUUCUUAGGCGGGGGCGGCUCCGACGAGUCCUGGGCAUUCCGCGAGGACUUCGACGUCCGCCAGCCCUGGGCGCAGCGCGACCUGCUCGCGCUCUGCACCAACCUGUCCGAGGAGCUGAAGGUGGCGGAGAGACGCUGCUGGAUCGAGGACUUCAAGGCCUGGGUCGAGUCGGCGCAGGGGGCCCGCGGCUCGAGCGCGGCCAGCAAGGCUUCGGUGGGGCACGUCCUCGGUAUCGUUUUCACGGAUCCCCAGCCCUAUCUCCAUCCCCUUCGAGACCCCCACCAGACUGGCGUGGUUUGA